CUGAGCGGGAGAGAAGCACACUGCGGGAGGCAGGAGCAUCUCCCCGCUCCUGCUGCUCGUGUGCCGUGCCUGCAGCCCCCGAGCGCGCCGGGCUGAGCGAGGCAAGAGCGGCUCUCCCGGCACACGGAGCGAGUUCUGCUCUCGCCAAUGAGCUCUUCCAGAGCCGGAGGAGCAGAGCAGCGUUCCAGAGAUGUUAUCCUGUUUUGUCUGGCUCACCCUCCCCGACUUGGUUAACGCCUUUGUGACCCCAGGAAAGUUGCCCCUCAACGGGAGCCUGGAGAAGACUUUUGUAGUCCCGAACGUGUCGGGUUUCUUUUCCUGGGAUAAUGACAGCCUGGCCGACUGGCAGAGCUUUGUGGACAGGAGCCGGUACGGAGCGGAGUCGCAGAGCCCCACGGUGAAAGCCCUGCUCAUCGCAGCGUACUCCUUCAUCAUCGUCUUCGCCCUCUUCGGCAAUGUCCUGGUCUGUCACGUUGUCAUCAAGACGAAGCGCGUGCACUCUGCCACCAGCUUGUUCAUUGUGAACCUGGCUGUAGCCGAUAUCAUGAUCACGCUGCUCAACACACCUUUCACCCUGGCUCGUUUUGUGAACAGUACCUGGAUCUUUGGGAAGGGGAUGUGCCAUGUCAGUAGGUUUGCACAGUACUGCUCCCUCCACGUCUCUGCCUUGACCCUUACAGCCAUUGCUGUGGACAGGCACCAGGUUAUAAUGCACCCCCUGAAGCCUCGCAUAUCUACUGGAAAAGGUGUUAUGUACAUCUCUGUAAUCUGGAUCAUGGCAACUUGUUUUUCCCUACCACAUGCUAUCUACCAAAAGCUCUUUACCUUUGAGUACAGCGAGGAUGUCACCCGGUGCCUGUGUCUGCCAGAUUUCCCUGAGCCCGCUGAUCUCUUUUGGAAGUACCUUGAUCUAACAACCUUCAUUUUGCUCUACGUCCUGCCCCUUCUGAUCAUCUCCGCUGCCUACGUGACAGUGGCAAAGAAGCUCUGGCUGCGCAACGUCAUCGGGGACGUCACCGUCGAGCAGUACUUUGUCCUUCGCAAAAAGAACAAGAAGACCAUCAAGAUGCUGAUGCUCGUUGUCGUCCUCUUCGCAGUCUGCUGGUUCCCCUUGAAUUGCUACGUCGUCCUCCUCUCCAGCCAGACCAUCCACACCAACAACGCCCUGUACUUCGCCUUCCACUGGUUUGCAAUGAGCAGCACCUGCUACAACCCCUUCAUCUACUGCUGGCUCAAUGACAGCUUCCGAUCGGAACUAAAGGCUUUGCUCAACAUGUGUAGAAAAGCCCCCAGGCCCACGGAGCAGAGGCUUCCCUCCACAGUCCCAUCCUACCGACUGGCUUGGCCAGAAAAUGGCAACUUCAAGAGGUUGCAGGCUUCCCAUGUCCUUCCACCAUCCUCCACCAUCCAGUCAGGAAAGACAGACAUCUCUGCAGUUGAGCCAAUAGUAGCUGUGAGCUAAACGGUGGCCAUGGACUGUGCAUAGAUUUGGCAAGAGCUAAAAGCUGGGAAGAUGUGGAGCCCUGGCCACACAACAGGUGAUAAAACCAAGAAGGAGGUUCUGCAGGAGGCAGUAUGAAAGAGCUGCAUGUUUGAUGCAGGCUGAUGACAGUGGUGUAGAGACCCUAGAGGGGAGAAAGUUAACUCUUCCCAGGAAGGAACUUUCGUCUUUGUCAAGGUGACUUUUGGACUGGCUCGCAGGAUGGGGAUCUCUGCAUGUGUGUUGCUGAUGCCUGCAUGAUUAAGCCUUUUUAGAACUAGGACUCUGUGUUUUGCUGGUACUUAAAGUACAGACUCACCACAUCAGAUAUCCCUUCCCCUUUCCUGAGUCUCCUCGUAG